GUAUCUCUAAGAGAUGAUGUCAUCUCCAUCGCCUCCUCCUUUUCUCCCCCCCCUCCCUUGGCCGCCAAGAAAUAAAUAUGGCGGCGCCCAUAGAAGGAGCUCGCUGAGGAAGAAGCCUGGAGAUAUUGACAUAAUCAUUGUUCAUACCUUCUGCCUAUAGAUACUGUUGUUAACCAAAGCCUGUUUGGAAUCUACUGUGAUUGUGAGGGAUGCUGCUGCGGAAUCUGAAGAGGCUUCUCUUCCAGGGAAACAAGUUAGAACCUGAUUUCUUUCUUCGGGCCGGUCCCAGGAUCUGGCAAAGUACUGCUGUGAUCCAAGAUGCCCAACCUGACCCAGAAAAGCCCAGAGCAAUCUUCCGUACCAACGAGAGCGAUCCGGCCAAUCAUACUGAAGACCACACAGGCCGCCACUACAGCAUCCCCCACCAGGAGGCGAAGGUGAUAUUCCCACAUGGAUUACCUGCACGCUUCCAGUUACAGGUGAAAACCUUCAACGAAACAUGUUUCAUGGUACGGAAGCCGGGCCUCGAACUCCUCAACUACUUAAAACACACCAACUUUGCUCACCCCGCCGUCCGAUAUGUCAUCUAUGGAGAAAAGGGCACGGGGAAGACUAUGACUCUCUGCCAUGCCCUCCAUUACUGCGCAAGGCAGAACUGGCUGAUCCUACACAUUCCCGACGCUCACCGCUGGGUGAAGAAUUGCAAAGAGCUGCUGCCGUCUUCCUUCCACAAGGAGCGCUUUGACCAGCCGAUGGAAGCCUCAACUUGGCUGAAGAACUUUGUGAUCUCCAACAAGCGCUUCUUAAAGGAGAUCAAGACGCAGCAGAAGUACGUGUGGAACAACCGGGAGUCCACCGAGGAGGGCAGCCCCCUGAUAACCAUAGUAGAGCAGGGACUGAAUCGUGUCAAAACUGCCAGCGAUUGCAUGGGGGUGAUUUUGAAAGAGCUGAAGCAACAGUGCGCUUGGGGAUCCUUCCGGCUCCUGGUGGCCGUGGAUGGAGUCAACUCUCUUUGGGGAAGGACGCUGCUGAAGAAAGAAGACAGGAGCACGGUCUCCAUGGAGGAACUGACCCUGAUCCACAACCUGAGGAAAAUGGUGAAGAAUGACUGGACAGGAGGUGCCAUCGUGAUGACGCUUAGCCAGACGGGGGCUCCCUUCCAAUCUCGCAGAGCCUACCUGCCCAGUGAAUUGCUGGGAAAGGAGGGUUUCGAAGCCCUGGACCCAUUUGUUCCCAUCCAGGUUCACAACUACACUGACCUGGAGUUUGAGAGUUGCUACCAGUACUACUUGGAGCGCAAGUGGCUUCAGCAUGAACAAGCCAGCACCAAUAACGGCCGGAUGGAGCUUCGUUUCCUUAGCGGAGGCAAUCCUGGAGAGUUUGACCGAAUCAGCUCUUUCUUAUGACAGUGGUUCAUCCUACCUGUGCUGUGUCAUAGCCCCAGAGACCUUAUGUUCAAUUAAAAAUAUUAUAUUUCCAAUGUAAUACUCUUUCAUUAAUAGAUAAAGGAAUGAGGGACGCUAGGACGAUUGUCAUAUGCCACCCUUCCUUCCAGGAAUAUUUAACCACUGAGAUUUUAUUUGGUUAUGGUGUGAAAACAUCCUGUUUUAUUAUUAACUUCAUUUAACUUCACUGAGACUGAAGGUGUGUAAUGAUUUCAAGUAAAUGGGUGCAUGUAUCUUUAAAUGCUUGGUGUGACAUAGGUGAAGAGCGGGGGUGAAAGAGAGGGAUGAGUGAGUGGUAUGAUUGGUUGAUGACUGAGAGUGUGGGUGGAGUGAAUGCAGUUUAGACUGAGAGUAGAGAGCAAAAGUUUCAGUCAGAAGAAAGCAGGCUAGCUGUGUGCUGCCUGAGUAUGUUGAGGUAUUUAUGAUAGAAAUAUAAUCUGUGUGGAACCUGAACUGAGCAUGUUUGUGAAAGAACACUCAGUCAGGGAAAGAGAGGCCAGCUGUGUGCUGCUAAUAUUUCUGUGAAUAAUAGUCCAGAGAAAGCAAGCAAGCUGUGUGCAGCCUGAAUACAUUUAAGCAGUUCUGAGAGAAACAUUGAGUCAGUAAAAGCAGGCCAGCUGUGUGCUGCCUGAGCAGCUUAAGCACGUCUGUGAGAAAUAUUGAGUCAGAGAAAGAGGCUGUGUGUGAAACCUUAGAAGAGAUCUGUGUGAAUGAGUUUAAAUGAAGUAACUUUAAGAACCAAGAACUACUUUUAUGAAACCGAUACGCAUGAAAAAAUAAAAGUUUAUUUUGUUUUUGUUA